GCGGGGGCGCGAGAGCGCGGAGGCGAUGGCGCGCGGCGGCAGGAGCGUGGGGCGGCCCGCGGCGGCACCGGCAGCGCCGGCACCGAGCCCCCCCCCGGCGGCCCCGGUGCCGGCGGCGCAGCCGGCGCAGCCCGGGCUGAUGGCGCAGAUGGCCAGCACGGCGGCCGGCGUGGCCGUGGGCUCCGCCGUGGGACACGUCGUGGGCAGCGCCAUCACCGGCGCCUUCAGCGGGGGCUCCUCGGAACCGGCCAAGACGGCGGCUCCCGUGCAGGAGCCCCGGCAGCAGCCCGCGUCACCCUACGGGCCCUGCCACUAUGAGAUGAAGCAGUUCUUGGAAUGUGCCACCAACCAGAGAGACCUGACCUUGUGCGAGGGCUUCAAUGAGGCUCUGAAGCAGUGCAAGUACAGCAACGGUGUUUCUUCUCUCCUGUGAAGAAUCUGCCCCCUCGUAGGGAAGAGAGGAGCCUGGUUUAGAGCCCUGCUGCCUGCAGGGAGCAGGACAGACAGAUGGGAUGAGCUUGAGGGGCAGGAUGACCAGACAGGAGUCUUCUAGUGGUAAUUCACUUCUGGACUAGGAGGGAAGGAGUGGUUGGAUUUGUGGGAACUUGGAGUUCAGAUAGCUCAGUAUUUAUUACAGAGAAAUAAAGGACUUUAUUAGGACCUA